AUGAUUUCGUGAUCUGAUUGACCAUCACACAACUCGUUGCUUGUUGUAAGCAGUCAAAAGAAAACAGGUGGAGUGGAUAGCACAAAGAAGAAGAAACGGGACCCGGAAAAAACAUGUAUAUUGAGAACAACAGAAUUGAGAAAUCAUAAGAGGUUGAGCUGGUUCAAUAAUGGCUUUGGAUUUUUGAGUUGCUACUUUGUUUGUGUCUGGGGGGUCUACGCAGAGUCAACGUCAACUCAGUUUUAUUUUUCUAUUAGGGAGUGAACAAUGAGAUACUCAAAGAUUAAACACUGGGAAAGGUAUUUUUCUUUCCCCCCCAACUGAGCCCACCUAUUCAGAAUCGGAUGCUAUUUUGCACCAGUCAAGAAAGAGAAGAAGAUUGGUUCACAGGCUGCAAGGCCUGUCACCUGUCACCCCGCUCUCUCAGUUUCAGUAGCCAUUCUUCUGCAGAGAGUUGAGGUGAUUAGAUUUAUGCAAUAAUGAAGAGCUUUGUCAGAAUUUCCGCACUGCUGUGGGCUGACAUAUUGGUCGGAUUCGCAUUUUUUGAAAUGCAAAAAUAUUUAACUGAGGUUUGGAAACUGAGUUUUACUCAUGCUGCUGGAAUUUUGAAUAUCUGGGGAGGAAUUGCUAUGAUAUUGCCAGUUUUCUUUCUCUUCCUUGUUGAUGCUUGUCUCGGAAAUUUCACGAUGCUCCUGAUUUCUAGCACAACCUACACCGUGGGUAUUGGCUUUGUUACUAUGUCAACCCCAUCAGUUCUUGCCAGUCAUACAGCCACAUGCAAACAAUGUAUAGGUCAUACCCAGAAGGCUCUCUUCUAUACGGGCAUGGCGCUUAUAGCUGUGGGAAGUGCUGGCAAUGAUGUAUCUGUACGCUCUUUUGGUCAUGAACAGAAAGAUAAACCUGACAGUUAUGCAUCAAUAAAAGCUUGCUUAAAAAUACCAGGUUUUAUUCUUGUGGUGCUGAUAGCGGUAAUUGGAGCUAUUGCACUUCCAUACAUAAAGCCAUGGACCCUCCGCUUUGGAAUUCCUGCAAUAUGUACUGCCUUUGCGACCUUUCUUUUUUGGAGUGGUUGGUGUACAUAUGAUAAGGAUAAACCAAAGGGCAGCCCGCUAACUAACGUUUGUAGAGUGUUUGUGGCCUCUGCUUUCAAGAAAUCCAAGCCAUUUCCACUCAAUAAUAGAGAGAUUUACAAGAAAGCUGAAAAUGAGUCAUUUUCCCGUAGUCGUUGCCUCAGGUGCCUAGAGAAGGCUGCCAUCAUAUUGCCAGGAGAAGAUGAAGAGAAGAGCAGAUGGAGACUCUGCUCGGUAGGAGAAGUUGAAGAAGCCAAAAUUGCUGUUCGCAUGAUCCCUAUGUGGCUCACCUUCAUAGUCUGUGGGAUCGUAUCCUCUACUGCAAACACUUACUUUGUAGAACAAGCAAAUAAAAUGAAUCGCAGACUUGGAACAUGGAAAGUUCCUCUUCAGGUGCUUCUACUGCUAUUCGAGUGGGCAAAGGCAUGGUUUGAUAUAUUGGCGAGCUGGUCUUUAAGGAAAUAUAAAGAAUAUGGAGCCCCCAUAGGGAUCGCGGUGGCUAUGAUAUUAUCAGUUCUAUGUUGCAUAACUGCUGCAAAAAUAGAGACACGGAGGCUGAAUGUGAUUAGAAGGCAUGGUUUGGUGGACCAGCCCGAUAAAGAAGUCCCAAUGAGCAUCUUUUGGCUGCUCUUCCAGUUUUUCCUACUAGCCGGACUGGACGCCUUCCUUGAAAAGGGUGUCGGUACAUUCCACGAAGAGCAGGCUCCUGAAUCCAUGAAGACCUACCUCGAAUAUUUCACUAAGGGAGUAUCUGGUCUGGGAUACAUGCUUAGUGUGCUUACAGUUUAUGUUGUGGGCAAAAUAAGUGAAAGAGGAGGCAGAAGAACAAACUGGUUUCAGUACACCUUGAACAGGAGUCGUUUGGAUAGGUAUUACUGGGUGCUGGCAGCUCUAAGUUGUGUGAAUCUACUUGCAUUCAUAUUGGUGGCUUGGAGUUACCGAUACAAGGACGAGGAAGCUUCAUAUCAGGGAGUGGUUGGUACGGGGGAAUCUGCUUUACCCUCAACAAAUGCAGAUGAUAAAGGUGAAUGCUGUUGUUGCUGUGCUUAGAAUUUCCAAAUCCUAAAAUUCAUUCAAGAUUUUAUCCAUUAGCUACGGUUGGGCCUUUCCCAUUCUUCAACAAACCCUCAUCAAUGCAUAAUUUUUAAUCAAAUUAAGUCUUUUCCAAUCAAAUCAAUCACAUAACAAAUGUUAUACACUUGAUAUAUGAUUAAUCGCGUUUUUUGAACUGUAAGCUAAUUACAUCACAAAUAUAUUGUACUUAUUUGGUUUA